AUGCUCCAAAAAAUUGCUCUGCACCACGAGCAGUUGUUCAUUGGGAUUGAUGGCUUAGAUGAAUGUCAAGAGCCAGAGAGACGGCAAACCUUGCUGAUGAUCCACAACAUUCUCAAAGCCUCAAAGACUAAAAGGAACAUACGCGUAUUUUUGACCAGUCGCAAGGAGCAGGAUAUUGGCAUUUCGCUACGCUCUGCAAGCCGACUCGAUAUCAGACCCUAUCAUCUGGACAAGGACAUCAAGGACUACGUCCGAGUGCGGGCACUAGACUUGAGCAAGAAGUUUUCAAUUGCCCUGGAGCGUCAGAGAACCAUUAUAGCGGACAUAGCAAGACGAUCGCAGGGUUUGUGGGCCAUAACCCUACAUAUCGUCAACAGCUGA